AUGAGAGAGAGUAGGAAAGUGAGCUUCAUGAAAGACAUAAAGGUCAUGAUGUAUGGGUAUGGAGAUGUGAUUGCGCCUAGGUAUGACACAGCAGAAGCUCUCCAUGGAUAUGUGCUGGACUACAUGAGUAUCUUGCUGACAAAUACUCACAACAUGGCGCAGGUGAAGGGAAAGACAAAGACAGAGGAUCUCCUAUAUUAUCUUAAGAGAGACAGGAAGAAAUACUCACGGGUUAGGCAUUUGUUGAUAACAAACGAGGAGAUAAAGCUUGCAAAGAAGGCCUUCGAUCCCAAAGAUUAUGAAAAGGAGUAA